AUGGCCUUGGCAGCUUUGAAGACCAGAGAGAAGAUGGAGGGACAGUGGCAAGCACAUGCAGACGUUGGGAAAGGCCCUCCAGUUACUCAGCCUGGGAGCUGUGGGAAGAAUGGGGCAAGUCUUGGGCAGAAGAGCCAAGAAACAACAGCCAGGUGUUCAGAGGUUCAAUGCUGUGACUUCAGAAAAGUGGAGUUCCAGGAGGGGAAGAGUCCCCGAGAUGUCUGCUCUCAGCUUCACCGCCUUUGUCGUCAGUGGCUGCAGCCGGAAAGACACAGCAAGGCUCAGAUGCUGGACCUGGUGCUCCUGGAGCAGUUCCUGGCUGUCCUUCCCCCAGAUAUGGAGCAAUGGAAAUCCUUGGAAGCGGAGACUGAGUAUGCCAAGGAAAAGAAAUAUUUAUCCAAAACUUCUCAAGAGCUGCUGUUCAGGGAGAGCUUCCGGAAAAAUCAAAGUCAGCACAGCACAUCAGGCUUAGAUUUCCCUGACCAGAUGUUGUCUCAACCGGAAAUCUUCCUUCUGUCCCCCAGGGCCAUUGUCAUCUACCAUUGCAACUUCACCCAACACUUCCAUGAAGGUGAUUUUGUGUCUUUGGACGACGUGGCCGUGUAUUUCUCCGAGGAGGAGUGGUCUCAACUGGAUGCUGACCAAAAAGCUCUUUAUGGGGAAGUCAUGCUGGAGAAUUCGAGGAAUCUGGCUUCUCUGGGAUAUAAUGGGCAAGAGAGUAAGAAUUGCAAGAAGGAAAGCCAAGCAAUCCACUCGAAAGACAGAAAAGGGAAAUUUGCAGAUCAGACGCAACCAAAGAGUGAUGAAACAAAACAAUUACAAAAUGGAAUUGAAAAAGGCUUUCCUUGGGUUAGUCGGCUUCCUAACCAUACAAUCGUUGAUAUGGGAGAAAGAAUAGAUCAAAGCAUGGAGUGUGGAAAGAACUUUAAUACAUUGGAUCAUUUGAUUUUCCAUAACGAAACACAUUCAGAAGAGAAACCAAAUACCUGCAUGGAUUGUGGAAAGACCUUUACUCGUAGGAUUACUCUUAAUCUCCACAAGAAGAUCCACACAGGAGAGAAGCCAUAUCAGUGCAUGGAGUGUGGAAAGAGCUUUACUCGUAGGAAUACUCUUAAUUCCCACAAGAGGAUCCACACAGGAGAGAAGCCAUAUCUGUGCAUGGAGUGUGGGAAGAGCUUUAGAUUCAAAAGAGCUCUUAGGAGGCAUAAAAUGAGUUGCCACUCAGGAGAGAAGCUAUAUGAAUGCAAGCAGUGUGGAAAGAGCUUUACUAGUAGGAGUCAUCUUAAUUCCCACAAGAUAAUCCACAUAGGAGAGAAGCCAUAUCAAUGCAUGGAGUGUGGAAAGAGCUUUACUCGUAGGGAUACUCUUAAUUCCCACAAGAGGAUCCACACAGGAGAGAAGCCAUAUCCGUGCAUGGAGUGUGGGAAGACCUUUACUUUCAGUAGUAGUCUCAAUUCCCACAAGAUAAUCCACACAGGAGAGAAACCAUAUCAAUGCAUGGACUGUGGAAAGACCUUUUCUUCUACCAGUGUUCUUAAUUCCCAUAAGAGGAAUCACAUGGAAGAGAAGCCAUUUCAAUGUGUGGAAUGUGGAAAGGGCUUUAAGUGGAAUUUUGCUCUUACCUCACACAAAAUGAUCCACACAGGAGAGAAGCCAUAUCAAUGCAUGGAGUGUGGAAAGAGCUUUACUCGUGGGGAUACUCUUAAUUCCCACAGGAGGAUCCACACAGGAGAGAAGCCAUAUCUGUGCAUGGAGUGUGGGAAGAGCUUUAGAUGCAAAAGAGGUCUUUGGAGGCAUAAAAAGAGUCACCACGCAGGAGAAAAGCCUUAUAAAUGCAUGGAGUGUGGAAAGAGCUUUAAUUGUAGCACUAGUUUUAAUUCCCACAUGAUAAUCCAUACAGGAGAGAAGCCAUAUCAAUGCAUGGAGUGUGGAAAGAGCUUUACUCGUAAGACUAUUCUUAAUUCCCACAAGAGGAUCCACACAGGAGAGAAGCCAUAUCCGUGCAUGGAGUGUGGGAAGAGCUUUAGAUACAAAAGUGAUCUUAGUAGGCAUAAAAUGAGUCGCCACUGA